UGGUGGCUGCCGUUUUUUUUGUUGCGAGAUUUGCUGCUGAUAUUUUCUAGUUAAUUGUUGUUGAGAUAAAGCAAGGGGAGGAAACAGAAAGAGAGGGGAGGCCGAUUUUUUUUUCCCUUUUCUUUUUGAAGAUGGCAUCGGGCGAUACUUUAUACAUCGCGGCGGACGGCUCGGAGAUGCCGGCCGAAAUCGUGGAGCUUCACGAGAUCGAAGUGGAGACGAUCCCCGUGGAAACGAUCGAGACCACGGUGGUGGAAGGCGACGAGCACCAGCCCAUGAUCGCCCUGCAGCCCCUCAGCGACGACCCGAGCCAGGUCCACCAGGAGGUGAUCCUGGUGCAGACGCGGGAAGAAGUGGUCGGGGACGACGCCGAGCUGAGGGCCGAGGACGGCUACGAGGACCAGAUCCUGAUCCCGGUGCCGUCGGCGGGGGCCGAGGAGGAGUUCAUCGAGCAGACCCUGGUGACGGCCGUCUCCGGCAAGAGUCGCAUCAAGAAAGGGGCCGGCAAGAAGGCCACCAAGAAGAGUUACCUGAACGACGGGGGGCUGGACAGGACCGGCAGGAAAUGGGAGCAGAAGCAAGUGCAGAUCAAAACCCUGGAGGGGGAAUUUUCGGUGACAAUGUGGGCUUCGGAUGAUAAAAAGACCGACAUUGACCAUGAAACGGUGGUGGAGGAACAGAUCAUUGGAGAAAACUCUCCACCUGACUACUCUGAAUACAUGACUGGGAAGAAACUUCCCCCUGGUGGAAUACCUGGCAUUGACCUCUCUGACCCAAAACAGCUGGCAGAGUUUGCAAGGAUGAAGCCAAGGAAGCAGAAAGAAGAUGAUGCACCUAGAACCAUAGCAUGUCCUCACAAAGGUUGCACCAAAAUGUUCAGAGAUAACUCUGCCAUGAGAAAGCAUUUGCAUACCCACGGCCCACGAGUGCAUGUCUGUGCUGAGUGUGGAAAAGCUUUUGUGGAGAGUUCAAAACUGAAGCGACAUCAGCUUGUUCAUACUGGAGAAAAACCCUUCCAGUGUACAUUUGAAGGAUGUGGAAAACGCUUCUCACUGGACUUCAAUUUGCGCACUCAUGUGCGAAUCCAUACUGGAGACAGGCCCUAUGUUUGUCCUUUCGAUGGAUGUAAUAAGAAGUUUGCCCAAUCAACUAACCUGAAGUCUCACAUCUUAACACAUGCCAAGGCCAAAAACAACCAGUAGAUUUCUCCAGGAGGGAAGAACCUAGUCCUUAACAGGGCAUUAUAUGACCACAUUUGGGCAUAAUGUUGACCUUCCCUUUGUAUAUUUCUAGCGAAGAAUUUUAAAUAACUCUUGCAUAACAAAAAAAAGACUUGUUUUGAUAAAGUAGUCAAAAAGUUGGAGAUGAUGAUGCUAGGAUGCUCUUCCUGUUUUUGUCCUGUGUUCCUGUUUCAAUAACACCUUGGUGUUUUCUAACCAACACAUUACCCUGGGGGAAAUAAAAGCCCUGACGAACUUGCAUUUAUCCAAGUCUACCCGACAGUGCUAAAAAUUGGACUUAUUUCAGCAUUCAUAUAAAUAUGACACUCUCUCCCAGUGCUUAGAGCAAUUCACAUUUUUAAUUUUGUAUUUUCCAGGUGUGCAUAUUGUACACUCAUUUGGAUAUGCUAGUAAUGCAGAUGCUAUGUGAUUUUUUUUUUUUGGAGUUUGAAUUUUUUGCUUGUAAUAGUUUCUUCAAAAUCAUAGAAUUGGCAGUAACUGUACUACAUGCAUAUUUCAGAGUUUUUUCCUGUAUAAAGUUUUGAAUUUUUUUGUCUGCUAUCUUAAUUUGGUUGUAUUCUUUGAUGUUAACACAUUUUGUAUAAUUGUAUUGUAUACUGUAAUGAAAUCAUGUAGUAUAAAAAUUAUAGUACCGUGAUUCAAUGGUGUUAAUCAACUUAAACCCGUUUUAGUCACACUGUUUAUUUUUUGAAAUGUACUGCCAGUUGCUAAAGUCUAAUGUAAUUUCUAUUAGAGCCUGUUUCAGUUGUGUUAUGCAAAAAAAAGCAAUGCUCGGUUCCAUUAUUAGAUGUAUUGUGCAGGCACUGACCUAUUAUUAACACCUGUUAAUAUGUACAUCCCAUGUACUAGAUAAAGGCCAACAAUAAAGUUGUGGUCCUGAAGCAAGCACUUGUUAGAAAGUGAUUUGCAGAGCAUUGUGAUUCUCCUAACUGCUUUAAAUCUAGUCUGAGAAGCUGUUGUUUUUCAUUAAACAAUGAGUAGGAAAGUAGAAACAGGCAAUGCCUACAGUAAGAUUUAUACAUAGAACACUAACUGAGAUUAUGGUUUCCUGUGCAACUUAAUCCUGACCUUUCUCAGCUUUUCUACCUUGCUGCAAAUAAUAAGUGGAGUCUGUUUGGAAUUCUGAAAUACAGGUAACUAUAUUCAGGGUGGAAAGGGCCACGUGACCCCAGGUGAAACAGGUUAUAACCUUUGUUCAGUUUAAAUUGUAAGUGCUGUAGGUUGAACUUUGGAAAUAAAUUGUUUCUGUUUUUAACUGCUCGCAAGAGUUUCGUAUUAGAUAUUGAAUGCAUUUACAUUUUUUUUAUUAGUUAUGACAAUUUUUAAGUUUUGUUCUGCUCAGUGUAAAACAGAAAAACAUGAUUGAUAUAAGGCAAAAUCUAAUCAAGAGUAACCUUAAGUAUUUUUAACUUCACAAGCAGCCCUGAGAUUAUGUUGCAUUUUUAAAAAAGAAUUGCAUCCAUAUGCAAUAUAUAAAGUCCUUUGGCUUCUAGAUCUUUAGGCGAAAAGUUAAUUUUUUUUAAAAAAGUAAACUAGCAGAUUUCCAAUUGCAUUGCUAAUGAUGUGUCAGCGAUACUUGUUUCAAACGAGAUGGAGUGCACAUAUUCUCUGAAAGAACUUGGAAAGAAAUUUAAGGUCACUUCAAGGGAAUGAUACACUGUUUUGAUUACUGGAAAAUAAGCAAUUUUCUUGUGCACUGUGGGGUAAGUAACUAACUUUAAGGAAAUCUCUGCAUACAGGGGAGCAGCUCUUUACCGUCUAGAAAAGGCCAAGCAAUAAAUUGCAUGUUAGGAAAUACAAAACAAAUUUUCCUCUUUCCUCCUCCAGCAAAUUGUUUUGCAACAGUUAUCAACAAGUUCUAAUAAAAUAUCUAUUUAAAUCAAUUUUUAUUUAGAAUCUCUGUCCAUAUUUGAAUAUAGCACUGCUUCCAGGAUUGCUGCUUUGGAUAUGAGCAAUGAUUGCUCUCAUAUAAACAUGUUAUAAUGUAUUCCAAAUAUUAUAAAAGCUGCCAUUUCAAGAAAAAUAAGUGAAGAGCUGCUCCUUUCUCAUGCUUGACUGUGUGUGGCUUUUGUUCUUUUUGCCAACUGUAUCUGUAAGAGAUCAGUCUGUAUAUAGUAAGCAUUUUUUACUUUCAGUUACUAAAGAGAAAUGUAGUUUAUGUUCUACCAUGACCUUGUUUAAUACAAAAUAAAUAAAUUGCCAUUUC